GUAGGGAAUUGGAGUCACGUGGGAGAGGAAGGGGGCGUGUUUUUUAUCACGCAGCAAUGGCGGCGGCAACCGCCACGAAGGUGCAGGAAGUGAGGGACAUCACGAGAAUUGAACGCAUCGGCGCUCACUCUCACAUCCGUGGACUGGGCCUCGACGAUGCAUUGGAACCACGGCAGGUGUCCCAGGGGAUGGUGGGGCAGGUGGCCGCGCGCCGCGCUGCGGGAAUCAUCCUGGAGAUGAUCAGGGACGGCAAGAUCGCCGGCAGGGCCGUGCUCAUCGCGGGCCAGCCCGGCACCGGCAAGACUGCCAUCGCCAUGGGCAUGGCUCAAGCACUUGGGGCUGACACUCCCUUCACUGCGAUCGCCGGCAGCGAAAUCUUCUCCCUGGAGAUGAGCAAAACGGAGGCGCUGACCCAAGCGUUCAGGAGGUCCAUCGGAGUGCGCAUCAAGGAGGAGACUGAGAUCAUAGAGGGAGAGGUGGUAGAGAUUCAGAUCGAUAGACCAGCUACUGGCACGGGGGCGAAGGUGGGGAAGCUGACGCUGAAGACAACCGAGAUGGAGACGAUUUACGACCUCGGCAACAAGAUGAUCGAGUCGCUGACGCGGGAGAAGGUUCAGGCCGGCGAUGUCAUCACCAUUGACAAAGCGACCGGGAAAAUCAGCAAGCUGGGCCGCUCGUUCACCCGUGCCCGUGACUACGACGCCAUGGGAGCGCAGACGCGCUUCGUGCAGUGCCCCGAGGGGGAGCUGCAGAAGCGCAAGGAGGUGGUGCACACGGUGUCCCUGCAUGAGGUGGAUGUCAUCAACUCGCGCACGCAGGGCUUCCUUGCGCUCUUCUCCGGAGACACGGGUGAGAUAAAGAGCGAGGUGCGGGAGCAGAUCAACAGCAAAGUGGCAGAGUGGAGGGAGGAGGGGAAGGCGGACAUCAUCCCCGGGGUGCUGUUUAUAGACGAGGUACACAUGCUGGACAUGGAGUGCUUCUCGUUCCUGAACCGAGCCCUGGAGAGCGACAUGGCUCCCGUGCUCAUCAUGGCCACGAACCGCGGCAUCACCAGGAUCCGGGGCACGAGCUAUCAGAGCCCGCACGGGCUGCCGAUUGACCUGCUCGACCGGCUGCUCAUCAUCUCCACCACGCCGUACAGCGAGCGUGAGACUCAGCAGAUCCUCUCCAUCCGCUGCGAGGAGGAGGACGUGGAGAUGCAUGACGACGCCCUCACCGUGCUCACGAAGAUUGGGAUGGAGACGUCGCUCCGCUACGCCAUCCAGCUCAUCACGGCCGCCAGCCUCGUGUGUCGCAAGCGCAAGGGAACGGAGGUGCAGGUGGAGGACAUCAAACGAGUCUACUCCCUCUUCCUGGACGAGGCGCGGUCCACGCAGUACAUGAAGGAGUACCAGGAUGCCUUCAUGUUCAAUGAUAUACGCCCCGAGGUGACGAUGGACACGUCUUAAACGAGGCAGCGGACGCGAGAGAGGGCGAGAGAGGAGGGAGGGGGGGGAGGCGGGACGACGACAACCGGACCCGGACGACGGAGCUUGAUUCCACGAAGCGUGCGUUGUGCGCUCUGCGUGCGUGUGCGUAUACGCAGGGUGCUUCAAAGCUAAACAAAACUAAACGUUCAUAACGCUUCUGAGAAUUUGCGACAACCCCACGAGAGAAAUGUCCCCCUGCGGGUUACCGGACGACCUGUGGGGGAGGAGGGGGGGGGCGGGAUUCCAGGCAUGCGUUGACGACGAAUGGCAAACGAGCGGGAGACUUUCACUUUUUUUUUUUAAGCUGUUAACGUUACAUUUGUUAUUCUUGGUUCUUUCGGUAAAGUCACGUAGAAGGGAAACAAUAAUAUAUUUUUAUUAUUUUCUUGUUUCCCUUCUACGUGACUUUACCGAAAGAACCAAGAAUAUGAAUCCCUGCAGCAGUCACGAAAGCUUUAAAUAAAAAGUUAGAUUUGUUAUCGCGUUACGGUGUAGUAUUAUACGUUCUUUCCUCCCCCCCCCCCCCCGAU